AUGAUUCUCUUCCUCGACCAUUCUCUUCAUUUCACGGUGGCCGGAAGCUCCGGCAGCGCCUCCGCUGCGGGCGGGUCCGUCGCAAUAAGAAUCGGGCAGCGGCGGUGGUCGAACCUCGGGGCAGCGGUGGUGGUCGGACCUCGGGGUAGCGCAUCGGCCAGAUUCGGGGUUGCGGCAGUAAUUGGAACUCGGGGCAGCAUGGGGUGGUUUCUGGGCUGUGUAAGGAUGGCGAGUGAACUCUCAGAACAACUGCAGAGAUUCGUCUUCUCAGAGAGAGAGGAGGAAGUGGAAUUGUCUAAAAUUGAUUUAGCAUCGGGGCUUAGGGAUUGCCAGUUGAGCUUAAUAGGGAAAAUCUUCUGGUAG